AUGGAAGAAGAGGAGGAGUGCUUUGUCUUUCCAGCAAUUACGAAACCUUAUUCACAAAUAACACCUGCAUCAUCACCACAUAAAUUCCGCGCCGAUUCUUUUACUACUCCUCAUAUAAUUAGUAAUCCCGCCCCGAGACCUCGUUAUCGUUCUAAUAACCGUAAAAGAGAAUCUGGUUCACAGUCAUCAAUGCCCGGAAGUAGUGAUCCAGGAAGACGUUUUUUGCUUGUCCCUCCCCCACCAUCUUCAGAGGAUAUUGUACCCAAAAGAAGCUUACUAAAGAAAUCGAGUCUUAAGACAAAAAUCGAUGGCACUUCUGAAAUCCGAAGGAGUAUAAUUUCUAUUCAAGAUAUUCGAAAAUACUCUGUUGUUGAUCCGACAACCCUGAAAUUCGUUCAAGGUAAAUACUUUCAAUUAAUCGUUUAA